CACGUUAUUCAUUAUUUUUGCCGCUAUUGUGCUUACAAAUGGUCCGUUAAUGAGAGACAUUAUAUAAAAAUUGUAUAUAUAUAAAAAGUAAACAGCUCAACAAUUUUACUUUAAGAUUGCUCCGAUAUUUGCUUUAAUUAUGGAGGAGUAUGAUCAAUCAUCAAUGUUUACCGAUUUCGAUACCAGUAAUAAUGAAUCUGUUAUGGAUUAUACAACAGAUGAUAUAACCAAAUUAAAAAUAAGAAAAUCACAGUUUAAUUUGUCUGUUUCAUUGACACCAGGAGAGCUCACUGCUAUUUUUGAUAAUACUAUUGCUCAACAAAAAUCAAGUUCUGAAAAUUGUUUGUACAAUCAAUUUUUGGACGUACUAAAAGCUUUUCGAAUAACUUCACCACUUCAGCUUCUGGAAAUUCUCCAGUAUUUUAUUGAUAUUUGUAGAGAGACUUUAGAUGUCUUAAAAGAUCAAAAUCAAAAUUCCAAUUGGCUUGAACAAGAGCUUAAUACAUGGCGUUUAUUAUUAACACUUUUUCAAGUACAACAUUUAGAAUCCGAAAAAGUUGAUAAGAUAAUUAGUGAUCGAGAAUUGUCAGAUGCUUUAUUUAAAGAAGAUCAAAAGUUAAAAGGGAUACAAAGAAUUGUUGAUUGGUUAGAACACUGUGCUGCUGAAAGUAUGGAAAAUGAGUUUAUGAAAGACGCAAAACAUUUCUCUGACGAAGGAGUUGCCUGGCCAAACACAUUAGGUCAACUUUUGAAAAAACAGCUAAUAUAUCAAAGUUCUGGUGCAAUGGUUACUCAACUUGAUCCUGAUGCACCCCAGAGACAAAAUAGAUCAAUUCAUGAUUUAGAUCAAGUAGAUGAGGACCGAUUGUUAGCACAAGUAUUUAGUGAAAUUCGUUGUGGGCGUUUAGAAAAAGCUGAAUUACUUUGCUGUCAAUAUGGUCAAUUUUGGAGGUCAGCAAUCAUGGAAGGUUGGCGUUUAUAUCAUGAUCCAUUUUAUAAAAAUAAAGAAGAUCAUAUUUUAUCUGAUGAAGUUCUUGGAAAUCCUAAUAGAGAUAUUUGGAAAUCAUGUGCUUGGAAAAUUUCAUCGGAUCCAAAAAAUUCAGCUUAUUGGAGAGCUACAAUUGGUAUACUGUGUGGUAAUAUUGAUGCAGUACUACCUGUAUGUGAUAAAUGGGAAGAUAUACUUUGGGCACAUCUUCAUACUAUAGUUAAUGUAGCUGUAGAGGAUCGUAUACAAACUAACAGAACUAACAGUAUUAUUAAUCUUCCUGAGCAGUAUUGGGAGUAUAAGAUGAAUUUAGAUGAUAUUGUUGCUGAAUUGAAGUCCAAUGCCAAAUUAUCAGUUCGCCAAGAAGCUCAUAAACCUAAGCGCCAAAUUCAACAAUAUUUUAUAACAAAUCAAUUUAGUGAACUAAUUACCACCAUGGAAAAUUGGGUAGAAAAUAGUUUUGAAUCUGAUUCUCAAUUUUUACGGUUACUUGCACAUUUAGUUUUAAUCAUACGAUGGGCUGGAAUACACCAUAAUGAAAAGUCAGCCAAUUCAAUAUUACAAAAAUACAUAGAAAUUUUAAUUCCAAUGAAUGAUUCUAUUUUGGUUGCAUAUUAUACAUCUCAACUUGAACGUCAUUGUCAAAUAGACACAUAUUCAAAGUUUUUAGAGAAAAUGAACAGUCCUGAACAACGUAAACAAGGUUUAUUAGCAGGGGAAAAAUUUUUACUUCCUGUUGAAGAAAUAACAAAACAAAUCGUAGAAACUGUCAGACAUCGUCUGACAAAAAAGACGUCUGGUGUUGAUGUCUUUACUGAAAUAACUAGUGAUGACCACCAACUAAUCUCUGCACUAGAUUGGAUAAUAUAUUAUCCUCGGCAAGUCGAGGAAGCAUUUGUACAAAUUAACAUAGUAGUUCGUAACUUUGUUGCUCAAGGAAAAAUUCAAGCUGCUCGUUUGGCAUUUAAUAAAAUUCAAAAGGAAGCAAUUAAGUUAUUAAUUAAUACAUUGGAUAUUGAUAUUAAUAAACUGAUGAAAUUGGAUAUACCAAUAUCAGGAAAAACAAAGUCUCUUCUUAUGGAAUAUCUAUCUUAUAAAUGUUACUUGGAUGCAGAAGAAGGUUUUGCUGAUUGGUUCCAUGAGUAUCAUCAAACUAAACCUACCGAACCACCAAAACUUUCUGAUAAUGCUGAUUAUACCAAAAAGUUAGUCUAUGACCACAAUAUGGAAGUUUACAAGUCAUCAUUAGAAAGUUGGAAAAUAUCCAUCGCUAGUUCAUCACAAGUCGUUAUUGAACAAUUAUUUAAUUUAUUAUUUUUUCCUGGUGGAUGGUUAGUUGAUCAUGAAAAUGAUGAUGAAAAACGUCAUGAACAUUUUGAACUGCUGAGAACAAUAUGUAUCCCUAAGAUUUUUAUGCUUUUGCACACCAUUCUACACAGUGCUGAAAAGUAUAUGGAUUGCAUUAAAUUAGCCAGCUACAUUACUGAUGAAACCAAUAAUUUUUACAGGUUGUUCACUCAAGCUGAUCUCAAAAAACUUUUUGCAAAAAUAUCAGAAUCGUCAAUUUGUUUAAUGGAAUCAUCAAAUGAAUAUUUAGACCCUUUGAUAGUUUUAACUGAUUAAAGCUUUUAUUUUAUUAUUAUAAGUUAAAAUUAUUUUUUUAUGUGUUUAAAAAUGAAGAAAAACUAACAAUAAAAUGUGUCAUGUACAUAAUUUUAUUUA